AUGGACAACCAAUAUGAAGCCGAUACUGACACUGACGCCACUGAUGGCAUCCUGAGACAGAUACUGAACAGUGUCAACAAUGGCCUGACUGGUUCAGGAGCUCCACAAUUACUCGACUAUUCUGCACAGGACUCGACAACCAGUGAAGGAAACUCAAACACUAUUGAUAUGCACUUGAAUGAGAAACGAAGUGGGAAACGGUCCUCUUCUUCGCAGCAUCAUACGGGAGAGAAUGGAGUCCUUGCUCAGGAUCAUGACGAUGAUGCGGACGAUGAAGAUUAUGACGAUGGAGAGGGCCAUGGUGCUAAACGUCAGAGGACGGGUGAUGGUACUACUGGUGAUGCUGAACGACCACGAUACUCUGUUGGAAUGAAAUAUCAGGCUGACGAUGACAAACCAUUCGCAUGCGAAUAUCCGAAUUGCACCAAGAAAUACAAAAAAUUGAAUGGGUUGCUUUAUCAUCAUCAGACAGCUCACAGUAUGCGUGGUUUGGCUGGUGAUGAAAAGCCUUUCAAAUGCCCGAAGCCUGGCUGUGAAAAGGCUUACAAGAAUUCGAACGGAUUGGCAUAUCAUAUUGAAAAGAAUCAUGGAAUUGAAGCUGAAACCCCUACUGUCAUUGUGCCUCCCGCACGUCGUCAAAGGUUGGAACGACCUGAAGGAGAACAUCCAUUUGCUUGUCCAUAUCCCGGAUGUGACAAGGCAUACAAAAACCCAAACGGAUUGGCAUACCACUUGACAUCUACAAAAAAGACUCCUGCUCAUGAAGCAAGGGAAAGUGAUGAUUUGUAUAAUUGUCAUGUCCUUGGAUGUGCCAAAUCGUAUCGAACGGCCCCUGCUCUGGCUCUUCACUAUGGGAAAUAUCAUCCAGAGUUACGCGGAACGCCUGGUAUCGCUGAUGCAUUGAGAUUGGAACCUGGUACUGGGGAUGAAGAAGUGGGAGUUUAUGGUCAGCACAAUCAACAGCAACAACAACAGCAGCAGCACCAGCAGAAUAUGGGGAUAGAUGGUGACGGUGACUUGUUGGCAUCAGCUGCAAUACAAUUAGCCAAUCCAAAGGCUGAUGUGGCCAGACGUGGUCAAGCAUUGCAAUUGACCAUCAAUGCAGCAUUGGGAUUGCAAGAUGUCUUGCGUAGUAACUUGGGUCCAAAGGGAACCAUCAAGAUGUUGGUUAGUGGGUCUCUUGAAAUCAAGUUGACAAAGGAUGGAAAAGUAUUGUUGAAUGAAAUGCAAAUUCAAAAUCCUACCGCUUCUAUGAUUGCUCGUGCAGCUACCGCUCAAGACGAAGUUACUGGUGAUGGAACAACAUCCAACGUCAUAUUAAUUGGUGAAUUGCUUAAACAAGCCGAACGAUACAUCUCGGAAGGACUGCAUCCAAGAAUCAUCACUGAAGGUUUUGAAUUGGCCAAAGUUGAAUCUCUCAAGUUCUUGGAAUCAUUCAAAAUGGAAAAGACAAUGGAUCGUGAAACACUCAUCAAUGUCGCUCGUUCAUCUCUUCGAACUAAAGUUCGUCCUGAAUUGGCUGAUACCUUGACUGGUGCUGUUGUCGAUGCCGUCAUGUGCAUUCAUACGCCUGGAGAACCUAUUGAUUUGCACAUGGUGGAAAUCAUGAAGAUGAUGCACAAGGCUGAUACCGAUACUCGUUUGGUUCGUGGAUUGGUCUUGGAUCACGGUGCUCGUCACCCUGAUAUGCCCAAACGAGUUGAAGAUGCCCAUAUCUUGACUCUCAAUGUCAGUUUGGAGUAUGAAAAGAGUGAAAUCAACUCUGGAUUCUUCUACAGUAGCGCUGAACAACGUGAAAAGCUGGUUGAAUCAGAACGACGAUUUGUUGAUGCCAAACUUGCCAAGAUUGUAGAGUUCAAAAACAUGGUUUGUGAAGGCAACAAGAAGGGCUUUGUCAUCAUCAACCAAAAGGGUAUUGAUCCCUUGUCACUUGACGUUUUGGCAAAGCACAAUAUUGUCGCUUUGCGUCGAGCCAAGAGGAGAAAUAUGGAGCGACUACAAUUGUGUUGUGGAGGUACCGCUCAAAACUCUGUCGAAGAAUUAAAAGUAGAAGAGUUGGGUCAUGCUGGAUUGGUAUAUGAGCAAGUGUUAGGAGAGGAAAAGUUCACCUUUGUAGAAGAUGUAGCCACACCUCGUUCAGUUACCAUCUUGGUCACUGGUCCCAACGGUCACACUAUAAAUCAGAUCAAUGAUGCCAUUCGUGAUGGUCUACGUGCCGUUAAGAACGCUAUUGAAGAUAAAUAUGUAGUUCCAGGAGCAGGAGCCUUCCAGAUCGCGCUUGCCGCACAUCUCAUCAAAUUCAAGGACACCGUUAAAGGACGUGCCAAGAUGGGAGUAGCUGCCUUUGCUGAAUCUAUGCUUGUCAUUCCCAAGAUUUUGGCACAAAAUGGUGGAUUUGAUGCUCAAGAUACCAUUGUUAGUCUGCAAGAAGAGUAUGCAGCUGGACAUCUUGUUGGAGUUGACUUGAAGACUGGUGAACCCAUGGAUCCUGUAGCUGAAGGUGUUUGGGAUUGUUAUCGCGUACAUCGUCAUCUCUUGCAUUCAUGCACGGUCAUUGCCUGUAACUUGCUCUUGGUCGAUGAAAUGAUGCGCGCUGGCAGAUCCAGUUUGAGAAGUAGCUCAGUUGUGGAUUAG